ACCAGCCAGGCAGCAACACGGGGUUAGCUGCGGUGGGCACGAGAGGUGACUCGGCCCGUGGAUUAUCAGCGCCAGGCCUGCAUGUGAACCAUGCGCCCGGGCCCGCCUUCGCGAUUCCAAACAUGAGCUACGCGCCAGAGUAUGACCUGACGCUUGAAGAGCUAUGUGAAUGCCUUAUCAACGAGCUGCCGGCUGCCGUUGGCUGGGUGCCCCCCACGGAGCGGGAGGAGGUGGUGGUGCGGCAGCUGCGGCCAGGCAAGCCGGCGUACGAGGUCCGCACGGCGCGGGGGCGGCUGCGGCAGGAAAGCUGCAAGGCCGUGCCCUGGCGGUAGCGGCGGCGGCGGCGGCCGCGGUAGCGGCGACGUUGCCGCGGCGGCAUUGCGGCAGGGGCGGCAGGGGCGGUGGUGGCAGGGGCGGUGGCGGCGGCGGCGGCAGCUGCGGCAGUCACCGCUUCUUCGCGGCAACUCGCAGGGCAGUAGCUUUGUGAUUUCUGCUGGCACAGCGCUACGCAGCUGUGGAGGCGGUGUUCCUGGCGGCAGCUGACGUCAGCUCAUCUGCUGCGCGGUCACAUGGAUGGGGUCCACCGGAGGACGUUGAGGUGUGGGGUCUGGGGCGGCGCUUGUCCGUGUUGGCGACCUGGCCGGCGGCGUACGUGUGGGUGCGUCUAGGCACGUGCGGUUGCUGGGCGUGGGUAGCCUGCUGAUUCAGUCUCAAAGAAACCAAGACCCAGUACAUACGGUGCGGUACGGUGCUGCGGCAGCAGGUGCUGUAUGUGGUGCGCGAACGUAGGGCUGUUGCUGGGGCACCAGCUGCCUGGCAUGCCGCAUUUGGGGUCGGCACUGAAUCAUACUCGUUUUGUUACACACUUGAGACAAAGGUGUUCGGCACUGCAUAGCCAUGCCCUUGAUUGUGUUGACUGGCAUGACCGGCGGGUUGCCCAUGAGCUGAUUCGACAUGUGUGUAUUUUCAUAGCAUCUUAGUACAGUGUUGAUUAAUGUCGGACGUCAGAGAAGAGUAUUACGGUAUGAUCACGGGUCUUGCUUGCAGUGGAGGGCUUUGCGUCGGCGCCUGCAGCUCCCGCCUCGCUGGCUCGUCGUUAGUCUGUGGGUGCGAGGAGGGGCGGGGUGAAGAAGAGGCGCGCACAUUGUGUGUGAAGGAGUGCCUCUUCAGGCCGUUCUACAAGAGAUGGAGCGGGGCCGGGGCGAAAUUGGAAGGUGCAAGGUUGCAGGAAAGUGCAGCGAUCAAGACAGAUGUGCAGACAUAGAGCGGGUGCGCAUGGUGUGAUGCUUGCAGCAAGUAAGGGAAGGGUGCGCUGC